CUGGCCUCCUCCGAGCCCUGGGUCGCCGCUGUUACGCCCAGUGAGGGAACUUAGUUGGCCUCGCUGGUGGUGAAAAGCGGUUUAUUGACUCCUAAAGUAAGUUCCUUGUGAGCUGCUGGAGGGUCAGCUGAUGGUGGACCCUUUGAACAUCAGAGGCAGAAUCUCUAGAACAAAGAAGUUGUGUAAAACAACUUGAUCAUUUCCUGAUCUCAGCCAGAUACUACUUCUGAACCAAAGAUCCUACAGCCAGGCUGACAGACUAAGGAUGCAGCUGGUGCUACUAGAGGUGUGUGGCACCUUUCCUGAGCCAGGCCAUGAGGCCACGUGGCCAUGAUGUGGGCCCCUCAUGGCCUCACCGGGAACAGAGCAGCACAGUAUUGGCCUCUGCCACAGAAACAGCCACAAGCAGAGCAGUCCCUCAGGCACAGUGCCACCUGAGAAGCCCUCGGAGGGUGAAGGUUGGGCUCAGGCCCAUCAGCAGGUGAAGCCAGUCUGGAAGUCUGAGGAGACAUAUACGGGCACAUUGUCAACAGGGCUGCAUCCAGGUGUCUUGGGAGUCCCCCUCCAGCCAGCCUGUUUCUUUUGCCCCAGCACUUUAUGUAGCUCUGGCACCACAGCUGUCAUUGCAGGCCAUAGCAACUCUUGUUACCUGCAGUGUCCCCCAGACUCAUCCAGCAGUACCCUGCUGUACCGCCACUCCAACAAUAGGCACAAGCCAUACCAGCAACUGAAGUCUUUUUGCUUGCAUUCAAGCCCAUCAGAAAAAAGACCCUUUUUUCUUCCUCAGAAGAGGCUCCCUGUCAGUCUCACUGCCAAUAAAGCCACCUCUUUCACAGUCUUCCCCAUGGCCCAGCCCAUGGCGUCCUCAUCUACAGAACCAUACCUCUCACUGGCAGCAGCUGGGGAAAACCCUUCAAGGACAAGCCUGGCCCCUGCCAUCUCAGGGAAGAUCACAUCUCCACUGUCUUCCUCCUACAAGCCCAGGUUGAAUAACAACUCCUUCAUGCGGCCAAAUAGCACUAAAGUGCCUUUCUCCCAGGCCACAGAAGGCCUAAAACCAGUAUCCUCACUCAAGAUUCAGCCUGUCUCUUGGCAUCAUUUAGGGGAUACUGGAGACUGUGCACCCCAGCAUGUUGAUCAGAAGGUGCCCAAAAGCAUUGGCACUGUCCCAGAUGAUGCCACUAUCCAUAUUACUCCAUCUACCCCUAAGUCCCUCAACACAUCCAACACCAGUGUUGCCUCUUCCCAGUACAGCUGGAAUAGUUUAACCACGAGGGCAGAACCAUACCCUUGUGGCCUGAAUGAAAACUCUGAUUCCCAGGCUCUGGCUAAAGAGGUUCGGCUAACUGAAGCUACGAGGAGAUUGUCUGCAAAGGGACUUGAGAAGAAGCCACAGCAAGGCUACCAGCUUGGACAGUCUUAUUUUAUGAAACCCAACUUCCAGUGCACCCUUCUCAGCAGGAGCAGGCAGAGGAAACCUCCUGUGGUAGGCCAGCUGUUUCCUCAGGAGGAUGCUAGAUCUAACAGGAAGAUCUUCCUUGGAGCCUCGGACACUGUGGGGUUGGACAGUACAGUCUUCUGUACCAAAAGGAUCAGCAUCCACCUUCUUGCCUCACAUGCCAGUGGGCUGAAUCCCAGCCCUGCCUGUGGGUCUGUAGUUGACUCCCUACCAGUUGGAGAAGACAAAGCUCCCAAUCUCCCUUCUUCCCUUCAGCCCCUUGGUGUAGCCGAAGUGGCCACCCGCUUCUCUUCCAUCCAUCUAGGCCAGCCUGAGAAGGAGGAGCCUAAGGAAGCCAGGGAGCUGGACUCACCUGCAGUUGGUUCAGCUGCUGACCUCCAGCCAAACCAGGCAGAGGCUGAGGCUGAAGAUACAGAAGAACUAGUAGAUGGUGUGGAAGACUGCUGCAGCCAUGAUGAGAAUGAAGAGGGGGAUUCUGAGUGCUCUUCAAGUGCUGUCUCCCCCAGCGAGUCAGUGGCUGAGAUCUCUCGGAGCUGCGUGGAGAUUCUGACCAAAUCCUUUUCCAAUCCUGAGAAGGUUAUCCGACCAGCCCUCAUCUAUAGUCUCUUCCCCAAUGUUCCCCCUACCAUCUAUUUUGGUACUCGAGAUGAGAGAGUGGAGAAACUUCCCUGGGAGCAGAGGAAGCUGCUCCGGUGGAAGAUGAGCACAGUGACUCCCAACAUUGUCAAGCAGACCAUUGGACGGUCCCACUUCAAAAUCAGCAAGAGAAAUGAUGACUGGCUGGGCUGCUGGGGUCAUCACAUGAAGUCUUCUAGUUUCCGAUCCAUUCAAGAACAUCAGAAGUUAAACCACUUCCCAGGCUCAUUCCAAAUUGGGAGGAAGGACCGGCUCUGGCGGAACCUGUCUCGGAUGCAGAGCCGCUUUGGCAAGAAGGAGUUCAGUUUCUUCCCCCAGUCCUUCAUCCUGCCUCAGGAUGCCAAGCUCCUGCGCAAGGCUUGGGAGAGCAGCCGCCGCCAAAAGUGGAUUGUGAAGCCACCAGCAUCAGCUCGAGGCAUUGGCAUCCAGGUCAUUCACAAGUGGAGUCAGCUCCCCAAGCACAGGCCCCUCCUGGUACAGAGGUAUCUACACAAACCCUACCUCAUCAGUGGCAGCAAGUUUGAUCUGCGGAUCUAUGUUUAUGUCACUUCCUAUGAUCCUCUACGGAUUUACCUCUUUUCAGAUGGACUUGUCCGCUUUGCCAGUUGCAAGUAUUCCCCUUCUAUGAAGAGCCUUGGCAACAAGUUCAUGCACCUGACUAACUACAGUAUCAAUAAAAAGAAUACUGAGUACCAGGCCAAUGCAGAUGAGACAGCCUGCCAGGGCCACAAAUGGGCACUGAAGGCUUUGUGGAAAUACCUGAGUCAGAAGGGAAUCAAUAGUGACAUCAUCUGGGAGAAGAUAAAAGAUGUCGUUGUUAAAACCAUCAUCUCGUCAGAGCCCUAUGUGACCAGCUUGCUCAAGAUGUAUGUCCGACGACCCUACAGUUGCCAUGAACUCUUUGGUUUUGAUAUCAUGUUGGAUGAGAACCUCAAGCCCUGGGUCCUAGAAGUAAACAUUUCACCUAGCCUCCACUCCAACUCUCCCCUGGACAUCAGUAUCAAAGGCCAGAUGAUCCGUGACCUUCUGAAUCUGGCGGGGUUUGUUCUGCCCAACGCAGAGGACAUCAGCUCCAGCCCCAGCACCUCCAGCAGUUCCCUUACCAGCUCUCCCAGGGACAAAUGUCAGAUGGCUCCUGAGUAUUUCACUGCACAGAAGAUGAAGAAAGCCUAUUACGUGGCCCAGAAAAUUCCUGACCAGGAUUUCUAUGCAUCUGUGCUGGAUGUCCUGACCCCAGAUGAUGUUAGGAUUCUGGUGGAGCUGGAAGAUGAGUUUUCUCGUCGUGGUCAAUUUGAACGAAUUUUUCCUUCUCGAAUCUCUUCUCGCUAUCUCCGCUUUUUUGAGCAGCCUCGAUAUUUUAACAUUCUGACCACCCAAUGGGAACAGAAGUACCAUAGCAACAAGCUCAAAGGAGUGGAUCUGCUUCGGAGUUGGUGCUACAAAGGGUUCCACACAGGGGUCGUCUGUGACUCUGCUCCACUGUGGUCUCUGCCAACAUCACUUCUGACUGCUCCAAAGAAUGAGGAGAUGCUCAAUGCCUUCAGCAAACUGGACACAGGCAAGCUGGGGAUGCCUACUCCCUCAAAGGACAACGAAGAUACCAGCAAAGAAUCCAUCCUCUCCACACAGAUGUUACCCACCAUCAAGUACACUGGGAAGACUGUGAGACUUUCGACUCCCUCCUAGCUGCUAUGAGCCCAUGACUGGCUGCCAGCACAUGGCCUGCCCAGGAGCACCAGCAUCAGCUACCUCAUGGGAACCACCUGCUGACCAGCCUGCAUCCCUGCCCCCUUUCCUCUGCCCUCAUCAGAGUAUUUUUGAAGUGGUUGUAUUGCAGAGAUGGGCAUUUGGAGGGGUGGAGGGGUGGGGGUGGGGGAGCAGGUAAAGAAGGCUCUCUUUGUCACCUGCUGCCUGGCUGUGCACCUCAAAUCUCAGUAGAGAAGCUAGUGAUGGCCAAGCAGCCUUAUAAAGCAGGAUUUGGUUUCUA